UUGGCCGUUUGUGAACACUCCCUAUCAUAAAGCUCGCGACGACUGGCAACAGCGGACGUGUUUGGUAGCGCUCGUGAGUUGUCCAUAUCAGAUCCUCCGACGACCUCAGUCUGAAAUGUAAAGACCAAUACGUCUCUAAAACCAUCUGUUAGAGCGGAAACUAUACAUUGAGUAAAAUUGGAUGAACUAGAGCCAUGAUUCGCCAUGCAUUAUUCGCCGGUGUGGUGUUUACAUUUCUGUCGUAUGUUUCCGGGCAAGCUGACUUAGAGCACAGUUACACCGCGGACAAGCAGCCCCUGAAUGAAACAGCCCUGUUUGUGGCCGACGCUUUGUAUAAACACCCCAAACUGUUCCGUAAGCUGCUGAAGAUCGGUGCUGCUGCUAAGCCAUUGUUGAAUGUUGGGGGAGAUGACCCAAAAACUUCCAUGUUUUUGGACUUUGUCCUGGAUCUAUUACCAGGAGUGCUGGGGUCUCCUCAAACCGCCAGCAUCCUGGAAAUCCUGGCAGACGAGCUCCACAGAGUCAACAUCACUGAUGUGUAUCAGUACGUCCAAAGUCAACACUGGAACCAAACCGACCCAAGGACAAAGCAGGCGAUCAGUGGAAGCCUUUUAAAAAGAUUUGAUAAACUCAGAGCUGCCCGGAGAGUCCUGACGCGUUAUUCCGCUCGUGAUUUUCUUCCCAGGACCAGCAACGACACCAUCACCGACGUCUGCUACAACGACAUGAUGAAUUUCAUGGACGCCCUCGUCAGCGCUCAAAUCCCACCAAGAGACAACCUCAACUACACUUUCAUUCCCUGGGCUCUCAACAUGUUCGACGCCUUCGGUAAACCUACCGGUGGUAUCACUAAAGGUUCCCUCUACUGGGUCGGGUCAUAUGACCUUUGCAUGUCCAUCAAGGCGGGACUUCCGGCGGGCGUCGUUUUGGGAAACAGGACACUCUCGACCCCGAUCAAGUUCAAUGGGAAGUUCUGUAGAGCCCAGUUCAGACUUCCGGAAGCGGUGAUCAAAAGUUUCAAUGUGGACACACGCGGGGUCAAGAUAAGUCUCUCCUGGGGAAUGUGUGUGCCUGAUUCUUGCCACAGCAAUGACAUCGCCCAAAUGUUUGACUUAGGAAUUAUCAAGGGGAAAGGAAUGACACCCCACACGGUCACCUGCUUCGAGGACAAGGAUCUCACCAAAGACACAUCGGGACUCGUUGCUGCCAUUAUCUUACUGGUCUUCGUUGUCGUCGUGGUAUUCUCCACUCUCGUGGAUGGAGUCGGCGAUUGGAUAAAAGACAACAUCAAUACUGAUAACGAAGAGAGCGACAACACCUACGAAUUGAGUAAAAUCAACGGCAACGUUAAUGGUGGCUACGUGGCCGGUCCGGAUGAGGGUAGUAGUCAGAAUGUGAUGGAGCUGAAAUCAGCGGGCGAACUCCCCCCUGCCUACACCCCCCACCAGAACGACAAGGGAGACCUGGGAGAAGAGUAUCUGAAUGGUGGAGCCAGGAAGAUCAAUAACACCUCGGGGGUCAAGGUUAGCAGGCCCUCCAAAGGGAAACCGAAACAAACAGUGUGUCAGCAGUUGACCAAGGCAUUCUCUCUGUAUACAAACAUCCCCAAAAUCCUGAACGGGACAAAGAACCCUAACGCCAUCCAUUGCCUGCACGGCAUCAGGUUCUUCAGCAUCUUGUGGGUUAUCCUCGGCCACACCUACAACUACGGCAUCAUCUCAGCCACUGACAACCCUACGACGGAGAACCUGAUCGACGCUGACAAGCUGUUCCAUCGCUUCUCCUUCCAGGGAAUCCAAGCUGCAGGUUUCGCCGUGGAUACAUUCUUCCUGCUAAGUGGUCUGCUGAUCUGCUUCCUGACCUUGAAGGAUGUAAAGAAGAGGCCCGUCAACUGUGGCUACAUGGGGAUGUUCUACUUCCACAGAUACUGGCGCCUGACCCCCAUCUACAUGAUCGUCAUGAUGGCAUUCUCGUGUCUGUACCGUUAUUUGGGAGAAGGACCUCUCUGGCCGGCAGACUUACCGGCCGCGGACAACUGUAAGCAGUACUGGUGGACCAACCUCCUCUACGUCAACAACCUCGUCCACGUCGACAACCAGUGCCUGGGAUGGUCGUGGUACCUAGCUGAUGAUAUGCAGUUCUACGUCAUCUCACCUUUGUUUAUCCUCCUUCUUCAUCGCAUCCCUGUUGCUGGUGUCCUGACGACCGUGUCGAUGAUGUUCGCCGGGAUUGGCUCUUCUUUCGCGAUGGAAUACAAGUACGGCGGAGACAUGUUCAGGAUGAAGGAGAAUCCCCAUUACUGGGCGGACGUGUACAUCGUCCCCUGGACCCGUGUCGGUGCCUACUGUGUCGGCAUCCUCCUCGGCUACAUCAUGUUCAAAACCAAGAAAGGAACGCUGUCUAACAAAAAAGCUCUGAUUGGCUGGAUUCUGACGUUCGCUGUGGGUGUGACGUUGUGCUAUGUGACGUAUGACUACCGCGCUGAUGGCAAGGACCCAUGGCCGAGGUGGGGAACGUCAAUUUAUGAAUCGUUCGGGAGGCCGCUGUGGGCGAUGUGUGUCGCCUGGAUCGUCUACGCGUGUCACAAUGGAAAAGGAGGCAUCAUCAACAGCAUCCUGUCCUUCAGCGGCAUCAUCCCGCUGUCGAGGCUGACGUAUGCCGCCUACCUCCUCCAUCCCAUAAUGAUGAUUAUCUAUGUCUACGGCAGAAAGUCCCUCCUCUACAUCAGCGACUACGACAUCGCUUACCUGUACAUGGGUCACGUGAUCUGUACCUACCUGGCGGCGUUCUUCUUCUCCAGUAUCUUUGAAGCACCGUUCCUCACACUGGAGAAGAUACUCUUCCGGCGCGGCGGCCAUUCAAGCUAAUAAUGCAUUUUAUUGGCCACAUAACUUCUGCGUUGGAAUUUCAAUUAAAUAGUCUUAAAAAGCGCAAUGCAUUUGAAUUACGAUGAAAACCGUAGUACAGGUGCACUCUGUUAUUUUAAAGUCGUCACAAUGCAUCUUUAUAAGCUUUGUUUUAACAUCAAUUAUUUUGUGCAUCUUGUGAUAAACGAUAAUGGCCAGUCCAACCAAAGGCGUAUAAACGUAUAUACGUCUUUGGUCCCACCAAUGUUUGGGUACAUAUGUAUGCUUUCGUAUUUUGCUACGGGACAGUCACACUGACCUAGUUAUUGAACAAAAAACAGACAAUUCAGGGCAAGAAUGAUUUAGUUUUUCGCAUGUUAUACAUGUUGCAUUCUGUUCAUGACUAUAACCCCGUUCUAUGUAUAGAUACAGUGAUCUGAUUAAUAUUCGUCGUGUUGUUUGCAUUUUGUUUCAUGUGUUUUUAUUAAUGAUGUUUCUGUUUACGUUUAUGUUUGAUUUUGUAUUGUCACAAAACCCGAUAUUGUGAACAUCAAACGUUGGAAUAUCGAAUUUAUUUUUAGACAGUCAUUGAUACAAAAUUGUCCGACAAUGUUGAUUAUGAGCGUCAUUUGAUAAGAAAAUCUGGCUUAUAUUAAAUUAAAAUCUGCAGAUAGUAUGUUUACCUUUUCGACAAAGUAAAUGUUUCGAAAAUAUAAGUAUUUCUGGAAUUAACAUUGAUGUUAAACUAAGGGAUAAUGUAAGUGGACUUAGUAUAAAAGUUUACUUUACUAACGCCAUUUUGAACAGUUCUAUAACGGUGUAGUUAUAUACACUCAGAGAGCAUGUGAAACUAACAGAUAAUAAUGUAUAUUUUCAAGGUUUAUAAUCAUUUAAAAAAUAUGCUACUGUGAAAAAGAAACACUAAUGUAAGCGUGAUUGGCGUAUUAUUCUGCGUGUGAGCAUUUACGAUAUAAAUGAUUUAAGGUUGUUUAAUAUCAAGAGCUUGGGAGAGUUUACAAUACAAUUGACAGUCACUUCAUGUACUGUUAUAGUAUUACAGGUUUACUGUUGUUUUGUAUGUACGUGUAUCAUACAAGCUGUGAUAUUUGAAUCUAGUAACCCUCGUAAAUGUGACGUGUGAUCUAUUUCUAUAUAUUUUCAACAAAUAAAGAUGUUGUAUUUCAAUAUUUAUAUAUUUAUAUACAAAUGUGAUAUUCUUUUUUCUGUAAAUAAUAAUUUUGUUUACUUACAAAAAUUACCAAUAUGGCAAAACAUGUCUUAAUUUUUUAAAGUAUUAAUUGUUUGCAAUUAUAUGAUUCGAUGUAAAUACAAAAUAGCAAUUCUGCUUGUGUGCAUUGUGGGUGUAACUUCACCACUGAUGGGUAAUAUACUUAAGGGCCACUCUAUUUUCAGUCCUUCAGUAUUUAUGAAUGAUAUUACAAAAUCCAGAAAUUUUAUGAGCGAUUCCCUGUAUAUGGAAAUAAGUUGUAGUGUGUUUUCCUAUGUCUUGACUUAUCACACAAAGCGAACUUACAGCUGCAUGUAUGUACAAGGGAGAGAUACAAUAGUCGCUCUGUGAAAUAUGGACCCUGAUAUUUCCGAUCUUCAAAUAAAUAAUAAAAAAGAAGAUAGACUGAUA